AUGCGCCCUAUUUUGCUGUCGGGCCAUGAACGGUCCCUGAAUCAAAUCAAGUUCAACCGCGAUGGCGAUCUCCUGUUUUCGGUGGCGAAGGAUAAGAUUGUGUGCGCGUGGUGGUCGGCAAACGGCGAGCGUCUCGGUACCUACAACGGCCACCAGGGUGCCAUCUGGACGGUCGAUGUGAGCCCCAACACUGUCAUCCUUGCGACUGGCUCGGCAGACAACACGGUGCGGCUAUGGAACAUCAAGACGGGCGAGUGCGUGAAGGUCUGGGAUUUCCCGACGGCAGUGAAGCGCGUGGCAUUCUCUCCGGAUGGAAGCAAGCUGCUGGCGGUGACGGAGAAGCGGAUGGGUUUCCUCGGUACGAUUGCGGUGCUGGAUAUUGCCUACGGCGACAACCUGAACGAGCAAGCCGACGAGCCGAGCUUGCGCAUCACUUGCACAGAGAGCAAGGCGACGGUGGCGGGGUGGAGCUUCCUCGCCAAGUACAUCAUCGCGGGGCACGAGGACGGCAGUGUCAGCCAGUAUGACCCGAAGUCCGGAGAGCAGGUGGAAAACAUCCAAGCCCACGAGUUCGACCACCAGAUCAACGACCUCCAAUUCUCCCCUGACCGCACCCACUUCAUUACGGCGUCGAAAGACAAGUCCGCCAAGCUCAUGUCCGCCCGCAACCUCGCCAUCCUCAAAACCUACACCUCCGACACCCCCCUCAACACCGCCACGAUCACAUCGAAGAAGGACUACGUGAUUCUGGGUGGUGGUCAGGCCGCCAUGGAUGUCACAACCACCUCGGCUCGCCAGGGUAAAUUCGAGGCUCGUUUCUACCACAAGGUCUUCGAAGACGAAAUCGGCCGUGUCCGUGGUCACUUCGGACCCCUCAACACCAUCGACAUCCACCCCGCUGGUACCGCCUACGCCUCAGGUGGUGAGGACGGUUACGUCCGUGUGCACCACUUCGACAAGGGGUACUUCGACUUCAUGUACGAGGUCGAGCGGGAGCAGCUGCGGAAGUAA